AUGACAAGUCAAAGUAUUAUGAAGCGGACGGUGUACGUUGGUGGUCUGGACGAACAGGUCGACCGCAAGGUUUUGGAAGAGGCUUUCGUGAAGUUUGGGGAUCUGAAGACGGUGGAGAUUCCCCUGGACAUGAAAACUGGGAAGCACCGAGGCUUCGGCUUCGUGGAGUUCAUGGAAGUUGAUGAUGCAGAGGCUGCCAUCGACAACAUGCACUCCGCCGAGCUUUACGGUCGGACGAUCAAGGUGAAUUUAGCACGUGCACCGAAGAAUACGCCGACAACAGAGUCCAACAGGCCGAUCUGGGCAGAUGAUUUCUUCUAUCGCAAGAAGCUGAAGGACGGCUUGGGGCAUUUCAGCUCUCUGACGGGACUUGACUUGUGUCUCAAUGUGGAGCCUGGCACUCCGCUGCCCUUUGGUGCCGUGCUCAUGCUUGCUAUGCUUGCUGAAAUCACAGAGUCACAGGGUCCGGCACAAGACUGGGCGGCUUGCGUCCAGUCUAGGGAGUGGUCGGCCUUCCGGCAUCAGGUCCGUGCCACCUUCGAAGCCGGAGCUGAGACUCUGGCCGUGGGGCGGGAUUUGGCUAGAAAGGCGCGGGUGCUCCUUCAGCGGUGGCAGGUUCCAGCCGGACAAUGGCGGGCCAUGCUGGGAAGUGCCCGGCCUGCUGGCGCCGGGGGCGAUUUGGAGGAAGCGCAUUGCGGAACAUCCGUGGACGUGACGCGUGGUGUCCUUGCUCAGGACACCAGUCGAGGAUUUCACCCCUACCAUUUCCUAACGCUGCCUCAUGACAGUCCUGCCUGGAGACAGGAGGACUUUCUGCGAUGGCACCGGGACUUUUGUUAUUUGGGCUAUGUGGUGGCUCUCUACGUGCGAUCUGCUUCACGCAUUGGCGGCUCCAAAGCCUUGCAGGAGGAGGAGAAGGUGAAGCUGUCAAGGGAGGAUUUGCAGACUGCCUCGUCCAUGCUGGGUCGCUGCCGUGAGAUGGACUUUCUGGAUCGCUCCGUGUGGGGUCUGCAGAGUCUGGAUCUCGACGUGAGCCUGCUGCGCCUCGCGGACCAGGGUGCCCAGGGCGCGGUCGCUGCGGUGGCUCCCUGGCGCGGCUUGGCGGAGGACUUCCCCAGGGAGCACCGGAACGCCCGGCAGAAUUUGUGGCAGGCCUUGGGGAACGGCGCCAAAUUCCGAAGAAGUCUGGAGGCCCAGGUGGCCCGGAGCGUGGCUUCGGGAUCCCUCACGGGCUGGCACUCCCCAAAGCCUCACUGGCGACGGCGGCCGAUAGACGUGGCCCUCUUUGCAGUGCCGGUUUGGUAUGCCACGGAGUUCUUGGUCGGCAUUCUGCGAUGGCGUUUCCCUGCUUUACCGCUCUCGGUCUUCUGCGCACCUCUAGGAGGCUACAACUUGCCAAGGUCCAACGAGCUGCGAGACCUUGUCGAGCCUUUGCUGCAGGAGCCCGCAGAGCUGCAGGUUUUGCGCUUGAUCGAGGGCUACUGCUGCAACUGGGAGCAAGUGGAUUUCCUGGUGGUGCGAGUUGCCUUGAACCAGCUGGCUCGCAGUCUCGCUCGCUCAUCCUUUUCCUUGCUGGUCUGUGCCGGGCCACUCUGGCUCUGCCUGCUCCUGCGAGAGGAGGGACUCGACUUGCCGCUGCUGGCCCAUUGCCUCACCUUCCAGGACCUGGAUUACCCAGGCGACAAAGACCAGAACGUGGCCUGGGUGCACCGGAAGAUCCUGGAGAACUUUGGUGCUGCACCCGGCUCCCGCGGCUCCCGCGGCUUCGGCGGCUCCGGCGGCUCCGGCACCCGGGUCUCGGGGGUCUUGGUGCAAGACGACAUGCAGCGGGUCUACUACCCCAUGAUCUUCGACUUCACCCGGCGAGGAAACUUCAGCCAUGCAGGCCAGCUGAGCUUCUUCCAGAUGCCCUACAUUCAGGCUCGCUACACGCAGCGGCGUCUCCGCGCGACUCGGCCCGAUGCGGAUGAAUUGUCGAAGGAAGUGGUGAUCGUGAGGGAAGGCACCACGAAACGUUGGACUCUCUCGCUCCGGGGCCACCUCUGGUACCUGAAGCUGAAGCAGAUGGCCGCGGCCCAAACGGAAAGAGAGCUGCGCUGCUGUCAACUGCGAUUUUUGAAGGACGAGGUGGCGAGGAUCCCUUACUCCGAGAUUGCCGAGCAUCGGGCCGCCGUGUUCUUUCCGGGCAUCGGCCAUGCCAAACUCACCUUGCAUGAGCUUCGGACGAUGGGGAUCCCCACCCUCUUCCCAGCGAAGAGCCUCAUGUACCGAGUGGAGGACCUGAUCCUAGACCCGCGCCAGCCCUACAGCGGAAGCUACGACGGCUGUGGCUCGCAGCUGGGCGUGGGGGCAAU